AACCGGUUAGGAAUUCAUCAGUGCGUUCACAUCUGGACGAUCGCGAGCACUAGCAAUCCUCUUUUAGCCAACAUGAAAUUCCUCAUCUUCGCCGCUUUGGCAGUUGUCGCCCUGGCUUCUGACAAGCCUUACUACCCGAAAGCACCGUACUAUCCAAAACCAGCUUACCCGUCUCCAUCUUACUACCCGAAACCCGCUUAUCCAUCUUAUUCCCCACCGGAGUACCCAAAGCCCGCUUACCCAUCAUACUCCGCACCGGAGUACCCGAAGCCCGCUUACCCAUCAUACUCCGCACCGGAAUACCCGAAGCCAGCGUACCCAGCACCAUAUGCUAAAUCUUAUGACUACCCUCCCAUGCCCUACACUUUCGACUGGGCCGUUUUGGAUGAACCAAGCUACAACGACUUUGGACACAAGGAAAGCAGCGAUGGCAAAGUCGUUGAUGGAAUCUACUACGUCGUCUUGCCCGACAGCCGCAAACAAGUGGUCACCUACAAGGCUGACGAUUACGGUUACGUUGCCGAUGUAAAAUACGAAGGAGAGGCCAAAUACGACGAAUACAAGCCCGCCUACAAGCCCGCCUACAAGCCCGCAUACGCUCCUCCAGCCUACCCUAAAGCUGCUUACUCUCCUCCAGCUUACUCUAAAGCCUACCCUGAGCCAUCUUACCCAUCUUACCCCAAGCCCACUUAUCCAUCUUACCCUGCCCCAGCCUAUCCUUCAUACCCCAAACCAUCUUACCCCAGCUAUCCUCGUCCAGCAUACCCCAGCUACCCUCGUCCAGCAUAUCCCAGCUAUCCUAAGCCAAGCUAUCCCGCUCCAACCACCACCGAAGCCGCCACUGUAGCUCCCGUUUCAGUAGCGAAGGUUGAAGAAGUUGUUGUUGCUGAGGUAGCACCUGUUGCUGCCGAACCGGAUGUUGAAGUUGCUGCUGCCGAACCGGUUGUUGCUGCUGAGCCAGUCGUCGAGGAGGUUGAAAUCGCUACCGAGGCCGCUGCUGCUGCUGUUGAAACAACCGCCGAACCAGAAGCUGCUACCACAGUUGCUUAAUAAAUCAUCACAUCAGAGCUUUAUAUCAACACAAUAUGAUUCAGUCUUCGCCAACCGCAUACCUUUAUAACUUAUAUAAAGACAGUUAGUUUUACUAAUUGUCGUUGAUUAUGCCAACCACCUCGUCUUGAAUACAAUCAAAUUAUCUAAAUGAAAUAGAAAUACAGAUAUUAGACACAUUUUAAAAUAAAAA